ACAGGUGGAAGGCGCAAGAAAAGCAAAAGAGGUAGGAGGAGGAGGAGGAGAAAGAUUGGAUUUUGCAGCCAUGGGGGAAUCGAGCGGGACGGUCUCGGUGGAUGUGGAGAGGAUCUCGUUCGGAGGGAAGGAACAUCAUGUAUUAACAAGCCAUGGCCCUAUUUCAGUUGCUGUUUAUGGGGAUCUAGAAAAGCCUGCACUUGUGACAUAUCCAGAUGUUGCUUUAAAUCAUAUGUCAUGCUUUCAAGGAUUACUUUUUUGUCCGGAAGCUUCUUCUUUGCUGCUUCAUAAUUUCUGCAUAUACCAUAUUAGUCCUCCAGGACAUGAGUUAGGUGCUGCUCCAAUUUCUGCAGAUGAACCAACACUCUCUGUUGACCAGCUAGCAGAUCAGGUGGCAGAGGUUCUUGAUUAUUUCGGGUUAGGCUCUGCCAUGUGCUUUGGGGUUACGGCUGGUGCUUAUAUUCUUACUCUAUUUGCUACUAAAUAUAGGGAGCGUGUCCUUGGACUAAUACUUGUCUCACCUCUCUGUAAGGCUCCUUCAUGGACGGAAUGGUUGUAUACUAAGGUAGUAUCAAAUUUACUAUAUUUUUAUGGAAUGUGUGGCUUGGUCAAGGAAUACUUACUCCAACGAUACUUCAGUAAGGAAGUACGAGGAAGUUCACAAGUUCCUGAGUCAGACAUUGUACUAGCCUGUAGAAGUUUGCUUGAUGAGAAGCAGAGUGAAAAUGUUUGGCGAUUUCUUCAGUCAAUUAAUGGGAGACAUGACUUGAUGGAAGAUUUGAAGAAACUGCAGUGUCGGACUCUAAUUUUUGUAGGUGAGAACUCUCCGUUUCACUCAGAAGCCCUGAACAUGACCAAAGAACUAGACAAGAGAUACAGCGCAUUGGUAGAGGUUCAAGCAUGUGGCUCGGUCGUGACAGAAGAGCAGCCCCAUGCCAUGCUGAUCCCCUUGGAGUACUUCCUCAUGGGGUACGGCUUGUACAGACCGACCAAGCUGAGCUACAGCCCGCGGAGUCCUCUCAGUCCGUUAUGCAUCUCUCCCGAACUGCUGUCGCCCGAAAGCAUGGGACUGAAGCUAAAGCCCAUCAAGACUCGGAUCUCCCUUAAAGUCUGAGAAGAUUAGUAUCAAGAAACAUACGACUUGUCGAUAGGCAGAGGCACAAUUUUGCCAAACAAUGUAAAGCAUCAUGUACCUCCUAUACAGACACAGUUUCUUGGCUCAUUAGUGUAGGAUUGUAGAUAUCAUCGAGAAUAAACGAGCUUAUUAAGGGCUGUUAUCGAAAUUCAUUUGUCCUCAAAUAACUUGUGUAAAUCGAUUUUUUAUGAUGACCAAAGUAAUGAAGUGUUGCCCUCAAUCAUUAGCUUCA